AUGGCGGCUUCGGAGGAGACUAGUGCAUUGUUCCCAAUUUUCAUAUUGACUAUAAUGGCCAUCCCUAUAAUUCCUUAUACAAUAACGAAGCUAUGUCGUGCGGCUUCUAAGAAAUCAAAGAGCAUUCACUGUCAGUGUAAUGACUGCUCAAAAUCAGGGAAGUACCGCAAAUCGAUAUUUAAGAGGAUUUCAAGUGUAUCGACGUAUAGUAACUUGACGUUAUUACUACUUUGGGUGGUUAUGAUUAUUCUGGUUUAUUACAUAAAGAAUAGGAAUACUGAGGUUGAAGUUUUUGAUCCAUUUAGUAUUCUUGGAUUAGAACCUGGAGCAGCAGAAUCUGCAAUAAAGAAAAAAUAUAGGAGACUAUCUAUUCAGUACCAUCCAGAUAAAAAUCCAGAUCCAGAGGCACACAAGUACUUUGUUGAGCAUAUUGCUAAGGCUUAUCAAGCUCUGACUGAUCCAGUAGCUCGUGAAAAUUAUGAAAAAUAUGGUCAUCCUGAUGGCAGACAGGGAUUUCAAAUGGGUAUAGCUCUCCCUCAAUUCCUGCUUAAUAUUGACGGGGCAUCUGGUGGGAUACUUUUGCUUUGGAUUGUUGGUGUGUGCAUUCUCUUGCCAUUGGUCGUGGCUGUUGUCUAUCUCUCGAGAUCAUCAAAGUAUACUGGCAACUAUGUGAUGCAUCAAACACUUUCCACUUACUAUUACUUCAUGAAGCCUUCUUUGGCCCCCAGCAAAGUCAUGGACGUCUUCACAAAAGCUGCUGAAUACAUGGAAAUUCCAGUUCGAAGGACCGACGAUGAACCUCUUCAAAAGCUUUUUAUGUUGGUAAGGAGUGAGUUGAAUCUUGACCUCAAGAACAUUAAACAGGAGCAAGCCAAGUUUUGGAAGCAACAUCCUGCACUGGUUAAGACGGAGCUGUUAGUUCAAGCUCAGUUGACCCGCGAAUUUGCAACCUUGUCUCCAUCUUUAGCAAGUGAUUUCAGACGGAUUUUGGAAACAGCACCUCGCUUGCUUGAAGAGUUAAUGAAGAUGGCAGUUAUACCACGCAAUGCCCAGGGACAAGGGUGGCUGAGACCUGCAAUUGGUGUUGUUGAGCUUUCUCAAUGUGUCAUCCAGGCUGUUCCUCUCAGUGCUAGAAAGACUACCGGUGGAUCACCUGAAGGCAUUGCACCAUUUUUGCAGUUGCCACAUUUCAAUGAGACUGUUGUUAAGAAGGUGGCCCGUAAGAAAGUAAGAACAUUUCAGGAACUUUAUGACAUGGACUCACAGGAGCGAGCUGAGCUACUUACUCAAACAGCAGGGUUAUCUUCUGACGAAGUGCAAGACGUUGAGAUUGUACUGGAUAUGAUGCCUUCCUUGACCCUUGACAUAACUUGCGAGACUGAAGGAGAAGAGGGUAUACAAGAAGGCGACAUUGUUACUAUCCAUGCUUGGAUUAAUGUUAAAAGGGGUAAUGGCCUGAUUGCUGCCCUUCCCCAUGCCCCCUACUACCCAUUUCACAAGGAAGAGAAUUUCUGGUUUUUGCUUGCGGAUUCUGUUUCGAACAAUGUCUGGUUUUUUCAGAAGGUUAGUUUCAUGGAUGAAGGUGCUGCUGUAACGGCUGCUUCUAAGACAAUUGCAGAAUCUAAGGAGGGUUCCGGAGCAAGUCCGAAGGAGACCAGUAGGGCAGUUGCAGAAGCAGUGGAGAAGGUGAAGGGGGGCUCUAGAUUGGUAAUGGGCAAGUUCCAGGCCCCAUCAGAGGGUAACUAUAAUUUGACUUGCUAUUGUUUGUGCGAUUCUUGGUUGGGCUGUGACAGGAAGACAAAUUUGAAAUUCAAAGUUUUGAAACGGACUCGGGCUGGCACUAGGGGCGGUGUUUUGGACGAGGGACCUAUCAUGGAGGAUGGAGUUGAGGAGGAAGAGGACAAUGAGGAUGAAGAGUAUGAUGAUGACUACGAGAGCGAGUAUAGUGAAGAUGAAGAAGAUGAUCAAAACUCAAAAAACAAGAAUCAAGCUGCUAAUGGAACCGGGAAUAAAAAAGGCAAAGCUGCUGAAAGUUCAAGCUCUGAUGAAGAAUGA